UGCGCCAGUUUUGGCCCCGUCCUUUCGCUCUGAGGUCCCGCCGCUUGGCCUCGCCUCUUCCGAGGGCGGGGCGAGGCUGGGUCCUGACGUCACUGCCGGCCAGACGCCAUCUUGCUGGUUUGCGGCCGGUCUUGGAUGUGGCGGCAGCGGUGGUGAAGGCGUGGGGAAGGGUGGGGUGAGGGGGCGAGGCCGCGGCGCGGGCGGCUAAACUCUCCUCCCCUCAGCCCCACCGCGUGGGACGGCGUGAACGCGGUAUCGGAGGGAUGUCAGCCUUCUCUGAGGCGGCGCUGGAGAAGAAGCUGUCGGAGUUGAGCAACUCGCAGCAGAGCGUGCAGACCUUGUCCCUGUGGCUCAUCCAUCACCGCAAGCACUCGCGGCCCAUAGUCACCGUGUGGGAGCGGGAGCUGCGUAAAGCCAAACCAAACAGGAAGCUUACUUUUCUCUACCUAGCCAAUGAUGUCAUUCAGAACAGCAAAAGGAAGGGACCGGAGUUUACAAAAGAUUUUGCACCAGUUAUAGUGGAGGCUUUUAAACAUGUUUCAAGUGAAACUGAUGAAAGUUGUAAGAAGCACCUUGGAAGGGUAUUAUCUAUUUGGGAAGAAAGGUCUGUUUAUGAGAAUGAUGUAUUAGAACAACUUAAGCAAGCUCUGUAUGGUGAUAAGAAGCCUAGGAAGCGAACUUAUGAACAGAUAAAAGUGGAUGAAAAUGAAAACUGUUCCUCUCUGGGAUCUCCAAGUGAACCACCACAGACUCUAGAUCUUGUUAGAGCAUUACAAGAUCUAGAGAAUGCAGCCUCAGGUGAUGCAGCAGUUCAUCAGAGGAUAGCGUCUUUGCCUGUUGAAGUCCAAGAAGUAUCCCUACUAGAUAAGAUAACAGAUAAAGAAUCUGGAGAAAGGCUUUCUAAAAUGGUAGAGGAUGCUUGUAUGUUGCUGGCAGAUUACAAUGGCAGAUUGGCGGCUGAAAUAGAUGAUAGGAAGCAACUCACUCGAAUGUUAGCAGAUUUUCUUCGUUGUCAAAAGGAAGCCCUUGCAGAAAAAGAGCAUAAAUUGGAAGAAUACAAGCGGAAGUUAGCCAGAGUUUCCCUGGUGCGCAAAGAACUCAGGUCCCGGAUCCAGAGCCUGCCAGACUUAUCCCGAUUGCCCAAUGUCACUGGAAGCCACAUGCACCUGCCCUUUGCGGGGGACAUCUACAGUGAAGAUUGAUGACCAGUCUCUUUCCAGGGCCCAGGACUUUGCAAGAAAUGGAGACAGGUUAGGUGGACAGUCCUGUAGCGUUAUUUUUGUAUAUGGUUGAGAGAAUGAUUAACAAAAGAAGUGACAAGUAAUUUAUAAAAUUGUUUAAAAUGUUGGUUUGUUUACUAUUUUAUUGGUAAGUUAACAUGACUUAGUUUAAAAAAGUGAUGAUCUCUGUGUAUUAAUAAGCUCACAGAUAGUGAUUAUUUUCAAAAGAUCUUUUUGUAAAUUUUUUUGAUCCAGGGCCUUGUGAGAAAUUCCAUGUUUCUAUUUCUUCGUGUAUUUUCAAAUAGUUUUCUUUAUUUUCUUCGGUAUCUAAUCACUGUAAAGUAUGUAAUUCCUAAAGGGUGAGAACUAAUCAAGAGUUGGUAGAGACUUUAUUAUGGUAUAGUUAGGACUUGAUUGUAGAAGUGACUAAAUGUUCCAACUUAAGCUUCACCCUUCUCCCUGACCAAAAUAUCAGUUCUGUGCCUCUUUAAUGCCUUUGAUUCCUUAUUCCCCAGAGGUCAGUAAUUUAACACUAAAGGGUCAGAUUAAAGCUUGGAGAACUUUUCCACAAUAGUACUGUAGGGGUUCCAUUGCAGCUGCCAGUGUAGAAUAAAAGGAGUGUUAAAUAGGGACCCCCUUGAUCAAACUGUUUAGAAUUAUUUGAGUAGGUUAAUACGAAAAUGCUUUGGAAAUGUUGUAAAACGUGACCUUCUACCAAGAGGACAACUUUGAUUCUGAAACUGAUUGCUAUUUUCAAAUCAGUCUCUUUUUAACAUAAUCGAUCCCUUUAACUUAAAGCCAUCUAGGGGAUUAAAAGAAACAUAAAAUAAUGGUACUUUUAUUAUUUGCUUAGCCAUUUAACUUGAAAAACAAUAGUAUUUUUAGCUCUAAAAUCUCAACACAAUAUUUCUUGAAUUUCAGUAAAGUAACCUGGAACAUUUUUAAUGUUUCCUUAAGGUUUUUGAAUGACUGUAUAUUUGGAAAUUAAGCAGUGCUACACUACAGGGUAGAUCUGGCAAAUGCUAUAUUUGUAUAUUUAGAAUUACCAAAACAAAUGUACUUUUACCUUUUAUUUCUAACCCUGUGUGUUAGAGCAGUUGCAUGCUCUUCUGCUUUCUUUUUAAAUCACAUUGUUAAGCUGUGGAUUUGUACUCAAUAAUGACUUAGGAUAAACAUUAUUUUCAUUCAUCACAUAUUAGACAUUUUUCUUUUCCUUGUAAGCAGAUUCAAACUAGGUAGUCAAUAAAACAUCUUUAAAUCCCACAA